AUGAAUUAGGGAGAGCAUCUUAACAAAUAUGAGGAUGAUCAAAAAUUCACAGAAGGAGAUCAAACAUUCAUCAACGAGCAGACGGACGACGACAAACGAUUCUCCAACACUGUGGUGGACAGACAGGAGUAGGGGGGAUUGGAAGCCUUGUUGGUAAGUGUGAAUAUCGAUUGCAUUAGGAAUUGGACAAUCGAAAUAAAUCAGAGUUUUUGGGAUCGGAGGAGAGAAACAUCUUCACGGAAUUUAUUGUUAUCUGCCAGAUCAGGAAGGAUAAAUAUCUGAGUGAACAGGAUCCACAUCUUUAGUUUUUGAUGGAGAAGGCAGUCUACAAGGGGGUACAAAAGAUUCUCAUUAAAGCCUAGAAGAUCCAGGACAAGGAACAAUGGCAAGUAUCAUUGAUUAAGAUAUUAGAAAGAGCAACAACAAUUGAUGAGACUCUUCUAUUCGGACAUGAACAUUGGUUUCAUCACAUCAACAGGGUAACUGAAAUCAACAGUAUUCAUCUAUGUCCAUCAAUCUAUAGCAAGUUGCUUAGACAACCGUCAGAUUAAUUUGAAUUUUAAUAAGGAAGAUCUAAAAAUCAUAGCCAACUAUUUUUCAAUUGAUGAAAGGAACAAACCCACCAAGUCCAGUUCGGAGUUCACAUCACCUAUUUUGACUAAAUAGAAAUCAGAAAAAGAGUAAUUUAAACAAAAUAGUGCAGGUUCAAAGACUAUAUCCCAGAAUGAGGCUGAAGUGGAAAAUUCAUAGAAAAGAAGUCUGCCUCUCUGUCAUCAAACCAAUUGGCUCAAAUAAGAAUUCAUCAAAAAGGAUUACUUUAAAAAGCAAUUCCUCAUCCUGCAAAAAACAAAUGAAAAUGAACUCAAAUCUGGAGUCCAAAUCUUUUUUGUUUAUCGAAUCAAGGAUGAUCAAAUCUAUGCAGUCAAGAAAGUAUAAUCAAUUCAAGUCUAUGUAGUCUUAAUUAGCUUCAAAUGUCAUCUCCUUUUUCGAUGUCUUUUCAACAGUCAACCUAUCAGAAAUCACAAACGACCAAAGAAAAAUCAGGGAAGCCAAAAUUCUAUCCAAACUCAACCACCCCAACGUUCUAACUCUCUAUGAUUGGUGGAUCGAAGAAGAAGAAUCAGGCUACUCCCUCUUCUUGAUGUCUGAGUACUGCUCCUAUCCUGGACUUAAACAUCAAACCAACGAUCUACUCAACUAUGCCUACUAUUACUUGAAUCCUAUGAACUGCAAAGAAAAGAUCGAGCAAAUCAAAACAAUCAUGCUCCAAAUCAUGGAUGGAUUAGAAUACAUACACAAACGAGGCAUCGUACAUAGAGAUCUUAAACCCGAGAACAUCUUUGUUACUUACGGCAUCGAUUGUCAACUCCAAGUCAUGUUGGCUGAUUUUGAUUAAGGAAAAGAUGUUAGGGAAUCCAAACUCUCCAUUAUCACAGAUGAGAAACUCAACGACCAGGAUCUCAACUCCAUCAAAUCAAGGAAUACUAUCAAUUCGGGCACCAGUGGUUAUGCUACUGCCAAUUCUUAGAUCAACAAAGAGUAUGACAAAAUGGAUGAGUUCUAUGCCUUAGGAGUCACUCUACUUCAUCUGAUAUUGGCCUUCCCUGGACAACCCAAAAAUCGCAAUCUAUAUACUAACACAUUUGCCAUCAGUGACAUUUCUGAUGUGCUUCUCUUAUUUGACAGUUGGGCUGUAAAACUAGUUAAAAACAAACAUCCUGAAUUUAACUUCCAAUAAUAUUUUCAUCUUAUGGAACUUGCUAAGGCACUGCUUGAAAAAAAAGUUAAGGAACACGAUCACAUCAGAAAAAUCAUACAAAGUUGGUGA